UUUCACUCUUGUUUCGGUUUCAAAAUUUCAAUAUUUCACUUCGUUUUGUUCAGGCUUCAGGGUAUCAGAGAAGAACUGAAUAAAUAACGAUUUUUCAUUUGCAUACUCUGUUGUUUUAAUUGUUUGUAUUAAUUAAUCAGCUCAAUUAAUGAAAAUACUAAUCAUUUAUCAUAGUUUAUUAGUUAAUAGCAUCUUGAUACAAAACAAAUGGAUUUAAAAAUGAACGAGAAAGAAGAUUGGUUCGAAGGAUGCGAGUCACCCUUGAAAAUUAAAGACGAGUCAGAACUAUAUAAUAGCUUCACCGACAUCCAGAUGGAGACAGCUGAAGUUAAACAGGAGAUCGAUAUCAGCCAAGAACCAGCACCAGAGUGCAGCAUUGCAUGGUGUUCAAUCAAAGUUGAAGAAGAAGAUGAUGAUGAUGAUGAUUAUGCCGAUGAUGAUGCUGAUGACCACGGCAAUCAACGUCUAGAUCCCAUCUGUCAAGUUUUCAUCAAAGAAGAUCCUGUUGAGGGAGGUGCUGAAGGAAAUCCACUGAAGAUUGAAUCUGCAGGAAAUCCACUGAAGAUUGAAUCUGCCGGAAGUCCACUGAAGAUUGAAUCUGCAGGAAAUCCACUGAAGAUUGAAUCUGCCGGAAGUCCAUUGAAGAUUGAAUCUGCAGGAAGUCCACUGAAGAUUGAAUCUGCAGGAAAUCCACUGAAGAUUGAAUCUGCAGGAAAUCCACUGAAGAUUGAAUCUGCCGGAAGUCCAUUGAAGAUUGAAUCUGCAGGAAAUCCACUGAAGAUUGAAUCUGCAGGAAAUCCAUUGAAGAUUGAAUCUGCAGGAAAUCCACUGAAGAUUGAAUCUGCCGGAAGUCCACUGAAGAUUGAAUCUGCAGGAAAUCCACUGAAGAUUGAAUCUGCAGGAAAUCCACUGAAGAUUGAACCAGAAGUAGAAGGCAGCCACAACCCCAAUGAGAUAGCAAAAUCGCCUCACUUUAGAUGUGAGCUCUGCGGUAUCAAAUGGGCCACAUUCAGUCUAUUGGAAGUACAUAUUCAAAAACAUACAGCAGAUAAACCUUUCAACUGCAAUUUUUGUCACUUCAAAUCUAGCUAUCCAAGUGGAUUGAAGGCUCAUAUUAUUAGGAGACAUAAGGAGAUAUCUGGAAUAAAACUUCUCAGCUGUGAUUUUUGUAACUUUAAAACUGCUUAUGCACGUGAUUUGAAGUCUCAUAUUAGGAGACAUAAUGGAGAAAAAGAUGAUUUCAGCUGCGUUUAUUGUGACUAUAAAUGUGCCGAUUCAAAUGAUUUGAGAUUACACAUCAGAAUACAUGAUGAAGUAAAACCUUUCAACUGCGAUUUUUGUGACUAUACAGGUGCUAAGCGAUAUUAUUUGAAUGUACAUAUCAAAAGAACUCAUGGAGAAAACCCUUACAAAUGCGUUUAUUGUGAUUAUAAAUGUUCCGAUUUAAGUGAUUUGAGAUUACACAUCAGAAUACAUGAUGGAGAAAGAUCUUUCAGCUGUGAUUUUUGUAACUUUAAAUGUGCUCAGUUAAGACGUUUGAAAUCACAUACUAGAAGACAUACUGUAGUACAAAAUACUGGAGAAAAACAUUUCAGCUGCGUUUAUUGUGACUUUAAAUGUGCUGAUUCAAGUGAUUUGAAAUUACACAUCGAAAAACAUGAUGGAGAAAACCCUUACAACUGCGAUUUUUGUGACUAUAAAUGUGCUAGGCGACGUAAUUUGAAAGCACAUAUUAGUAGAAUUCAUGGAGAAAACCCUUACAACUGCGAUUUUUGUGACUAUAAAUGUGCUGAUUCAAGUGAAUUGAAAGUCCACAUCAGAAUACAUGAUGGAGAAAAAUCUUUCAACUGUGAUUUUUGUGACUAUAAAUGUGCUAAUGAAAGUCAGUUGGAAGUACAUAUUAUAACUCACAUAGGAGAGAGCAUUGAAACUGUAUGAUAUUUUCAUCAUCCUCAAUUCAUCAAGUUUAUUGACAAUCAAUGUCAAUGUUGAAAGUUAAGGCUAUGCAAAGGCUAAAAAUAAACUUUCUACUCUUGAUAUUUUUCAAAGUUUUUCAAUUUGUCUAUCAUCAAGCUAUCAAAAUGAAAAAGUUUUCUCAGGAAAACAUUUUUUCCGAUCAUUACUUU